CCGGAAACUUACUUUCACAAGCACACAAGGCACGACAAAUCCUCAGUCCUCACAUUGUACAGGUGCCUCAAGUUAUACAGUCGUACGGCUUCUGUGCCACUAGGUGUCGUUGUCUGUCAACAUUUGGCGCAGGCUGCAUUCAGUAGCGCCUUGUACCAAACCUUGAGCUAUGUCGUCAAAACGACCAAAGAGCAAAGAUAAGAAGAAUGAUGCGCCUGCUGAGACGGCAGCUGACCCUGCCCACCCCGAGAGCAUCUUCCCCAUGGUGCUCACCUCGGCCACCCAGGAGCUGUUCGCUUGCCGUGCCGAUGAGGACGUGACGGGGGACAGCCCCUACAAGCUGCUGCGGAAGGAGGACAUCAUUCAGGACAUGAAGAUGCGCGCCGCCAUCUCCGACUUCAGCCCCAUCAAGCAGACCGUGCUGGAUUACCCCGGGGAUGAGCUGCUGCUGGUCUUCGACAGGGACUUCACCUAUGGCCAGAGUUUCUACCUAGUGCUCACUGUGGAGGCCAUGGAACAAAUCCUCAAGCCAGCAGAGCUGGAGUCAGGAGCAGGGGCAGGAGAGCAGGCCCAGGAGGGGGAUUCGGAUGAGGACGUGGGUAUGGUCACCACCCCAGUGAGCCAGCCCUGGGUGCCCCUAGGCAGCGACAGGGAGGUGGAGGACGAGAUUUUCACCGACUCCAGGCCCAGGUUAAAAUAUAGGAUCUCCAGAGUAAGAAGGGAGUUUGGAGCGCCCAUCAGCUUCUCCGACCGCAACGCCCUGGAGACCAAAGAUGCCUUUAUGGAGUGUGUCUCGUACGAGGACAAGCGUUUCAGCCUGAAGGAGAUGGAGGGGAGCAGAGGGGCGCAGGCCAUCCCAGAUGCCCAAACUGCUAGCACGCAGACUAAAUGGACAUACCCAAAGAACAUGUGCACGCAGUACGAGCCCAGGCAGUUUUCCGAGGAGGAGAAAGAGAACUGCUUGAAGUCGGAGAAUCUGAAGAAUUUCGUUCAGUCCGUUGCCAUAAGAUUUGAGUUAGCCAUCCAGCAGAAUGAGAUCAUGGAUGUGUUCUUUGACGACUGGGCGUCUCUGAGCGAGGAGGACGGCUCCCUGGGGGGCAAAGCCGACACACACCUGAAGGAGUACCAGUCCUUCACCGACCUGCACCACAGCAAAGAGAAGACCAUCAGCUACAUCAACUGGCACCCCACCAUCUCAGGGGUGAUUGCGGUGGCGAUGGCGGAACGGCUGACGUUUGAAGAGCGUGUCGGGGGGGCCAAUAAGCUGGUCCUAAACCCUUCACUCAUUCUCUUCUGGAGCUUCUCUGAUCCCAUCAACCCACAGCUGAUGCUUGAGUGCCCUGACGACAUCUUCUCCUUUGAGUUCUGCCUCUCUGAUCCCAACAUUAUUGUUGGCGGCUGCAUGAAUGGCCAGGUGGUGCUGUGGGACAUCUCUGCCCAUGUGGACAGACUACAGGGCACUCGCGGUGGUGGUGGAGGAGGAGGCAAGAACAUGACCAAUGACACUGGUGCUUACCAGGGCUUCGAGGAGAAGAACGAGAAUGAGACUCCCAUGGUGCGCUACUGUGCCGUCUCCAGCAUCGACAGCGGCCACAAAGCCCCAAUUACCGACAUACAAUGGCUGCCGGAAAGCUUCGAGCUGUCCAGACAAGGAGUACCUUUGGAAAACAAGACUGGUGUCUGUGUGCAGAUAGUCACCUGUGCUCCCGACUGCUCUGUGUUGGUGUGGGACAUCCGGUUGGCCAAGUUCGGCUCACAUGAGGACGAAAGGAAACACAAGGCAGAGGAGAAGGUCCACUACAACCCCAAUGGAGCUUCCAACCCCUUCAAACACCUCGACCUCUGCUGGAAACCACUCAUGAAGGUAACCCUUCCAAAGAUUGACUCCAGCGGUGAAUACAGCCCAUUCAAAAUUUGCAUGCGACACAACACAACCGAUAUCCAAGUUGCCACACUUCACCCUGAGAAAGUGGAGGUGCCCGACUACAGCAUGCUUAGGAUCCCGUCUCCCAAGCAGCUCAAGACCGUAGAUGACAUAUGCACCAUGUUCUACGUGGGGACCGAGGAUGGAGAAAUCGUGUACACAGACUGGAAGUUGGAAAAGGACCAUGAAUCAGGAAAGCUUUUCAGUCGUAAGCCUACCCAUCGCUACGUCACCCAUGACGGCUCGGUCAACACGGUGCGGCGCUCCCCGUUCUUCGAGGACAUCCUCCUGACGGUGGGCGGCUGGAGGUUUGCCAUCUGGAAGGAGGGGGUCAUGAACGGGCCCAUCUUCCUGUCCCACUACUCCCAGACCAGGUGUACGCGGGGCUGCUGGUCCGCCUCGCGGCCGAGCGUCUUCUUCAUCGGGAAGGAGGAUGGCUGCGUGGAGAUCUGGGACUUGCUGGAGAAGACCCACGAGCCCUCGCAGGUGCAGACCAUCAGCACCGCCCGGGUCACCAGCAUCAAACCCUGGAUCAUCUCCUCGAAGCAGCAUCUGCUUGCCAUCUCAGACCACUUCGGGACACUGCACAUCCUGGAGAUCCCAUGGACACUACGAAGCACCUCUGCAAGCGAGAAACAGAACAUCCGCAAGUACUUUGACAAGGAGGUGGAGCGGCUGAUCUACUUUGAGAAGAGGCAGGAGAUGCGAGACCAGGAGAAGAAGGAGAGGGAGGCCGAAGAACAAAGACUCAAGGCACAGCCUCCAGAGAAGAACCAGGAGCAGCUGGAGGAGGAGGCUGCGAGGGCGUAUGAGGAGUACCUCAGCAUGGAGAAGAGCAUCCUCAAGGACAUGGGGCUACUCGAGGACCAGUCUGUCAUCUGAAACCACACAUGCACGCACGCACGCACAAACACACACACACACACACACACACACACAAACACACACACACACACACACACACACACACACACACACACACACACACACACACACACACACACACACACACACACACACACACACACACACACACACACACUUUCUCUAUCACUCUCGCUCUUGCUCUCUCUUUCUCUCUCUCUCUCUCUCUCUCUCUCUCUCUCUCUCUC